CGGUCAGUUCGCCACUGAUUUCCGAGGACUCGACGGCGUGGGCAAGACUUGAGGAGCUUGACCCGCUCACGAGAGAGGACUUCGCCUGGAUGCCUCCACCCUCGACCGGAACCUUGCCAAGGCCGCAUUGCAACGCCUUGAUGGCAACUCUACGCUCCUAUUUGCACACUAUAGUACCAGCUCCGUUGACGGACGACGGGGUAGCGGUUGUCGAUCUCCGCUCCUAUCUUGCGAAGAUUGACCGCGAGCAUGCCACCCAAAGGUACGCUGAAACCGACGCACCUUUGCUCUAUAUCCGCAUUCAAAUCGGAAAGGCAACCUGUAGUGCCUUGAUUGAUUGCGGAGCGUCUCGCAACUUCAUGAGUCAAGCCUUUAUGGCCCGCGCAGGUCUUGGCCCGCGCGUUCGAAGAAAAACGCAACCUACGCAAGUUACACUCGCGGACGGCCACACGCAAAAGUCAAUUGACCGAUGGGUUGACGGCGUUCCGGUCUACUUUGCGCCACUUGCGUGCGAGCCGGUGUCUUUUGACAUCCUCGACACCAAGUUCGACAUGAUUCUAGGCAUGUCUUGGUUGCGUAGCGCCGAUCAUCCGGUGAACUUCCAUGACCGAGCCGUUCACAUCCGUGAUCGGAACGGAGUGUUAGUCCCAUGUGCGGUCGCGACCCCUCACACUUCGAUUGCUUGUCACGUGGUUUCCGUUGCGCGGAUUCGCGACGCCAUUGCUCGGAAUGACGUCGAGGAGAUGGGCCUUGUAUUCUUGCAUGCUCUCCCCUCGCCGGACGGACCAGCUGCGUCACCGCCGGACCCACGCAUUUCUAACCUCUUGGACGAGUAUAGAGACGUCUUCGAGGCUCCCACCGGAAUGGUUCCGGAUCGGCCCAUACGUCACGGGAUCACUCUCGAGGCUGGCGCCGUCCCUCCGCGUGGAUGUAUCUACCGCAUGAGCGAAGAGGAACUCGAGGUGCUUCGCGCACAGCUCGAUGAUCUUCUCAACAAGGGUUGGAUUCGCCCUAGUUGCUCGCCAUACGGAGCACCUGUUCUCUUCGUCCGGAAGAAGAACAAAGAUCUACAGUUAUGCAUCGACUAUUGGAAACUUAACGCACAAACCGUAAAGAACGCCGGCCCUCUCCCUCGGAUUGAUGAUCUCCUUGAGCGGUUAGGCGGCGCGACGUACUUCUCGAAGUUGGAUCUGAAGUCAGGCUACCACCAGAUUGAAAUCCAGCCUCAAGACCGGUACAAGACCGCGUUCAAGACGCGGUAUKGGCAUUUUGAGUGGGUUGUCAUGCCRUUUGGCCUCACCAAUGCCCCCGCUACGUUUCAAGCAGCAAUGACGACUGAGUUUCGCGACUUGCUCGAUCGCAGCGUCCUCAUUUACCUUGAUGAUAUUUUGGUCUACAGCAGGACGUUGGACGAGCAUAUCAUACACCUUCGCAUUGUCUUGAAUCGUUUGCGACUAGCCAAGUACWAAGCGAAUCUCGACAAAUGCGAAUUCGCCAAGCAAGAGCUUGAGUACUUGGGCCAUUUUGUCACGCCGAAAGGCAUUCGUCCCUUAGCGGACAAGAUCCAAGCCAUCGUGGAUUAGCCGGAACCCCGUUGCACGACGGAUGUACGCUCUUUCAUGGGAUUGGCUGGAUAUUAUCAGCGUUUCGUCGAGUCAUACUCGAAAGU